AUGUCAGAUUCCAACAAAACUGACUUCACCAACCCCUCCACCUUCAUCCUGCUGGGCAUUCCUGGCAUGGAGAUGGCCCAUGUCUGGAUCUCCAUCCCCUUCUCUGCCAUGUACGCCAUAAUCACCUUGGGGAACUUCACCAUCCUGUUCAUCAUAAAGAUGGAGCUGAGCCUCCAUGGGCCCAUGUACUAUUUUCUCUGCAUGCUGGCCGGCAGUGACCUAGUCGUAUCUACGUCCAUUGUGCCCAAAAUGCUGAGCAUCUUCUGGUUCAAUUCCAGGGAGAUCGAUUUCAGUGCCUGCCUCACCCAGAUGUACUUCAUUCAUUGCGCCUCAGCGAUGGAGUCUGGGAUUUGCGUGGCCAUGGCUUUGGAUCACUAUGUGGCCAUCUGUCAUCCCCUGAGACAUUCCACCAUCCUGACAAACCCCAUGGUGGCCAAAAUUGGCCUGGCUGUGGUGCUGUGCAGUGGUUUGCUUGCAUUGCCCUUGCCCUUCCUGAUAAGGCAGUGGCCAUAUUGCAGAACCAUCAUUCCUGAGCCGUUUUGCUUACACGUAGCCAUGGUGAAGCUGGCCUGUGCCAAUACCAGCGUCAGUAGUUACUACGGCCUCUUUGUGCUAUUCUGUGUGAUGGGUCUGGAUGUGAUUCUUAUUGCUGUGUCCUAUAUCCAGAUCCUCAGGGCCAUCUUCAGCCUCCCCACAAAGGACGUCCGGCUCAAGACUUUGGGGACCUGCAGCUCCCACCUCUGUGUCAUCUUAGCCUUUUACAUCCCAGGUCUCUUCUCCUCUCUCAUGUACUGGUUUGGGCAGAAUGUGGCCGUACAUUUCCACGUUUUCAUUGCCAACAUGUUCCUCUUGCUGCCGCCCAUGCUGCACCCCAUCAUCUACGGGGUGAUGACCAGGCAGAUCUGGGACAGCCUGCUCCGGCUCUUUACUCAUAAAGGGAAGCAGGUGGCAGAGCUCCAGGAGGUGUCUAGGCUGAGGAGCAUCCAUGCCAAUGAGGAAUUCCUUGAGAGUAUUGAUGUGGAGAUGUCCAAGGCAGGGGAAGCUAUCCAGCUACAGAGAACUGCUGGCACAUCACUGGGGGAGGAGGAUAUGGCUCUGUCAGAGGGAGAACUCUGGCAGCUGGUUACUUCAGGCAGCAAACAGUGCUGCACCCCUACACCCAACCCAUCCACUGUGGUGAUGGAGAACCGUUACGCUGCCCUGGCAACGAGAAAUGAAGAAUCACCCCCUAAGGUACGGGAGGAGAAGCCAUGUACCCCCAAGGCUGGGAGGUCUUCAGCCACCAUUUCCCAGGAGGAAACAUAG